GAUUUGACAACACUCAAACUUGGCGCCAAAAGGAUCAACCAUCAGCUGAUUCAAGAGAAGAAAAUAGUAUAAGUACGCCCGAAAUGUCGGUUAAUUUCCCAGUCAGCAGUUUUUAUUCGAAAGAGAGAUGUAAACGAUUAUUAGAAAUAGAAAUUAAGUUGGAGAGGAGUGUCUCAGAAACAAAGAAAAGGCCUUUACCCCCUCGUCUAACAAGCUCUUUACAAGGACACCCUCCAGACUGGAAAAUUUUUCACAAACAAGAAGAAGCAUUGGUUUAUGCAAAUCAACGUGGGCUAGGUCUUAUGACAUUUUCUUUUGAAGAACAAGUCCCUGGUAGUGAAGGCAGAAGGAAAUAUGUAGUUACUCAUCCCACGAACAUGUGGAAGAACCACAUAUCGAGACCACCUGAUCAGCGUUGUAGUUAUGAGGUGAUACCUGCUGGAAGCCAAUCCAAGCUGUACUUUGAUCUUGAAUUCAACAAACUUGCAAAUCCAAUGAGUGAUGGCAGCAAAAUGGUUGAAACUCUAUUAGAAGCAUGUUCCUGGGCUUUGGAAGAUGUCUACAAUCUUCAGGUUAGAAAAUGUGAUGUGUUGGUAUUAGAUGCAACCACAACCACCAAAUUUAGUCAGCAUCUUGUAUACCAAAAUCCUACAAUUUUCUUCAAAGAUAAUUUCCAUGUAGGAAAUUUUGUAAAGCAUCUGAUGAUGUUGGUGAAAAACUGUAAUAUUCCCAACAUCGAUGGGAACGACCAGCGGGAUUUAUUUGUAAAGAAUGAUAAAGGGGAAUCUGUCAGUUUUUGCGAUCUGGCUGUCUAUACGAAAAACAGAAAUUUCCGCCUCUUCCUAGCGUCCAAGUUUGAAAAAAAAGUUCCUCUUCUUAUUGCAAACACCAACACGUACAUACCUGAUAGGACUCGCUAUAGUACGGAAGACUGGCCAACUGAUGACGCUGCCAUCUUUUCCUCAUCUCUAAUCACAUAUUUUGGAAACAGACAGCAAAUUGAAGCUCAACAGCAAGAGCAACUGUUAACUUUCGAAAAUAAGCAAGUCGAUGAAUUGACGCCGGUGAACUCAAGUAAUGAUACAACACAUGUUAACUUGGCAAACGAUCCGUCAUUAAAUGGCUAUAAAUCUUCUCCUUGGAUUGAAAUCGACCGGUUCGUCACGGAACUUAUUGCCCCUGCAGGCACAAUUCGCCAAUGGGUCUAUUACGAGAAAACUGAAACAAUUGUUUACCAUAUUCAGGGGACUCGCUACUGUUCUAGCAUUGGUCGGGAGCACAAGAGAAACCAUAUCAAGUAUGUUGUGAAUUUACCAAACGCAACGUAUUAUCAGAGUUGUUUCGAUCCUGAUUGUGCUCAGUCUCGCCAACCACCACAGCCAAUCCCUCCAGAACAUUUGCCCUGGUUCAAUUUACUGACUGAUUCCACAUCCUUCGACAUUGUUUCAUAAAAGAUUGAAUUCAACGUAGCUGUGUACGUUUUUUUUUUUUUUUGUGAAACAAUGCUGAUGAUUGGCUGCAUUUAUGUGCAAUGAAACGAAGAAAAAAUUACUUAAAACUU